AUGGAGUCACCAGUUUUAUCCAAACAAUUAGAAUUGUCUGAAUUGAAAUAGAUUAUCAAAAACAGGUUUUCUUUUGAUAGAAGGAAAGUAAUAUUCUUUACAUUGAAUUCAUGUUUAUUGGGAUUAGCAGUAUUUAGUUUAUUUUCUGCCAUUACUCUUGAAAGCAAUUCAUAAAUCUUUAGAAUCAGAACUUAUUUGACAGAUAUCAAUUUAUCUAACAGGGAGUAGGCUAGAAAAUUGGAAACGAUAUUGAUUCCUUAAAAUAUUGCUUAAUUAUGUACUAUUGUUGCUUCAAUUAUUGGUUAUUAUGGAAUAUACCAAAAGUCUUAAAAGAUCUUACAUUUAUUCCCUAUCAGUUUAGGAAUUAGUUUGGCUUUCAGAACAAUAGCUACAAUAGUGAUUAUCUCAUAUUUUAAUACAAUAAAAUCUGUAUUUGAGGAGGAAGUAGGAACUUUUAUAACAUUGCAAAUAUUAUUUUUGGCUUUCAAUUGGUUGUUUUGUGUUUUCGCUUAUCAACAAUUCAAGAAAGCCUAAGUUGAAUAUCAUAUAGUCACUAAGGAUAGGGAGAGAUUAAUUAUGGAUAACAAUAUGGCUUAUGAAUUAAUAAAGAAAAUCAUAAAAAAUUGA